AUUUCCUUUCCCCAUAAAUAUCCCGGCCUCAUCCUCCAUAACCACAACCGUGGUCACAUCUCACUCACACUUUACUAUCUCGAAGCUUCGUUGACAUUGAUCUGAUCUGAUACUAUGGCCAGGGAACCAGUUCGCGUUCUUGUUACCGGAGCCGCUGGUCAAAUCGGAUAUGCGCUAGUCCCCAUGAUUGCCAGGGGAGUGAUGUUGGGUCCGGACCAGCCUGUAAUUCUUCACAUGCUUGAUAUCCCACCUGCAGCAGAGGCAUUGAAUGGUGUGAGGAUGGAGUUGGUUGAUGCUGCAUUCCCUCUUCUUAAAGGUGUUGUUGCCACAACUGAUGUUGUUGAGGCGUGCACUGGAGUCAAUAUUGCAGUCAUGGUUGGUGGUUUCCCAAGAAAAGAAGGCAUGGAAAGGAAAGAUGUGAUGUCAAAGAAUGUUUCAAUCUACAAGGCACAGGCUUCUGCCUUGGAAAAGCACGCUGCAGCAAACUGCAAGGUUCUAGUGGUGGCAAACCCAGCAAACACCAAUGCAUUGAUUCUGAAGGAAUUUGCUCCUUCUAUCCCUGAGAAGAACAUUACUUGCUUGACCAGACUGGAUCAUAACAGGGCAUUGGGUCAAAUCUCUGAGAGACUGAAUGUUCAGGUAUCUGAUGUCAAGAAUGUGAUUAUCUGGGGAAAUCAUUCAUCAACUCAAUACCCUGAUGUCAACCAUGCAACUGUCAAGAUAGCAUCUGGCGAAAAGCCUGUCCGUGGGCUUGUUAAAGAUGAUGAAUGGUUGAAAGGAGAAUUCAUCACUACUGUCCAGCAACGCGGUGCUGCGAUCAUCAAAGCCAGAAAGCUCUCAAGUGCCUUGUCUGCUGCUAGCUCUGCUUGUGACCAUAUUCGCGAUUGGGUCCUUGGAACUCCUGAGGGCACUUGGGUCUCCAUGGGUGUGUACUCUGAUGGUUCAUAUAAUGUGCCAGCUGGACUCAUUUACUCCUUCCCAGUAACCUGUAAAAAUGGAGAAUGGACAAUUGUUCAAGGACUUGGAAUUGAUGAGUUCUCAAGAAAGAAGUUGGAUGCCACAGCAGCCGAGCUGUCUGAGGAGAAGGCUCUUGCAUACUCAUGUCUUUCAUAAAUGCAAUUUCCCUCUAACAGUGUGUAAGUGAGAGGGCCCUUUCCCUUUUUAUUUGCGUAGAAGUAGCUACAGUUUUGAAUAAAAAAACAUUGAUAAGAUAAUGAGGAACUGUUAAUGGUGGAGAAUCUGUAUCAUUGGAUUUCCACUUAAUGUUGCUAUGAAAUAUGGGGAUUAUGAAAUUUCAUAGCUGGUCCUGGAUUUGAGAUUCUGUUUACCUUGGAUGGAUUAUAAAAGCCAUUGUGAUUUAUGCAUGUGAAUUAUUAUUA